AUGAUAAGAAAGAGAAAGAUUAUGGGAAGUAAAAUAAUUAAAUUUUUGAUAUUCAUGUAAGGUUUAAAGGUGGAUUAUAUUUAACAUCAUUACUUUCUAUAGCAGAUGAAGAAAUAGUUUCAAAGGUACUUUAAGAUGAAAAGCAUUAUAUUAAUAUAAGAUCUUAAAUGA